AAGAACACCACACCAUUAUAUUUCACAUCCCAUCCCACCCCACAAACAGAUUUCAGGGUUCUCAUUUUCUGUUCAGAAUUCUCUUUCCCUAGUAUCCUGCCUGAUUUCCAUCCAACGACGGCUACUUUCCGACGUUAAGGCUUGAAGCUCUGGGGGGCAAUUACUGUUUCGAGGGAAAUCUGAUAAGGCUUUUCUUUAUUGGCUUUCUUACUCGACCUCUCAUAGAUUCGACUACAGAGCAGACAACCUUUGUUUUGAUUUGGUUCACUCGUGCUCGGGCGAGGUGGUGGCGACUGUGCUUUUGAUUUGGCUUGAGCUCUGCUCAUUUAAGAUCUACCAAAUACAGAUCUGAAAUCCGCUUUCAAUCUUCUCCAACACUCCAAUUAGCUCGACAAAGUUUCACCUAAUCAUACCCAAUUCAUUGUAUAAUCGAUUGGCGGUGAAAACUCUGUGCGUGAUUUUGAAUUAUGUGGAGUUCCAUUGAGACUUUGAAACAAAACCUAAAUAAGAUUGCGCUGGAUGUGCAUGAUGUUGACGACGACGAAGAGGAGCUCGCGAUCUAUGGGUCCAGUAAUGGCAAUGAUUUAUCAGUCUCUCAUCGAAGAAAUUCGCACAGUUUGGCACAUUCCAAGUCGGUUUUGCAGUCUCCCUUGUCCAAUGGGUUAGACUCGCCGCAUAAUUCUGAGAUUGAACAAUAUAAAGCAGAAAUAAGGAGGCUCCGAGACUCUGAAGCAGAAAUUAAAGCAUUAUCAAUUAAUUAUGCGGCUUUGUUAAAAGAAAAAGAGGAUCAAAUUUCCAGACUGAACCAAGAUUUGGAUGUAACAAAGGAGACGCUUAAUGUUUACAAAAGUGAGAAUUCUAAAACAUCAACAAAUACCACCCAUGUGCUCAAGGGAAGUGGUGACCAAUCACCCAAACGACUGCAUAAAUCUACAAGCCAAGUAAAAAACCAUUAUGUGGGAAACCAAACAGAGAAUGGUGUUUUCUCAAAACAAGAUGGAGUAGGUAAUGGAAUCACACAUACUGAUGAAGUUAAUGCCAUUUAUAGUAACACGGAGCUCAAAAGCUCAAGUUCACAGGUGAAGCAAAAGGAACUUGCAGAUUUGCUUGAGAAAAACAGGUCCCUGACAGCAAUGCAAGCUACUUUUGAGUUGCAAAUAAAACAGCUUAGAUUGGAACUUGAAAAGGAACAUGAUAAAUUGGCAAAUGUAUAUAUAGAAUUACAAGAGGAACAAAAGUUGAACAAAUCUUUUCAGGAGGAGCUCAGGAUGCUAAAAGGGAAUGAAUCCAAGACUAAUAUGGAGAUGAGUAAAAUGCAUAGUGAAUUGAAUGAAAAAAUAUCAGAGAUAAGACGACUGCAAAUGGAGUUAAGUAGGAAGGAAGAUGAGGAUUCUGAUGAUGCAGUGAAGGAUUUGAGAAGGGUAAUUGCAACAUUAGAGAAGGAGAACACCAACCUUAAGAUAGCCAAGAAUGAACUCGAGGCUGCCAUGGAAAUGAGCAGAAAAGGUUCACCUCAAAAAACCUUCCCAGAUGGGAAGGUAGGUUCUUCUGGAAAUUUUCUCAGUAGGGAAGAAAUGGAGCUGUUAUUGCAAAAACUGGAGAAAGAUUUAAACGACAUGCGCCGUGAAAGGGAUAAAGCAGUGCAAGAAUUGACUCGUCUUAAGCAGCAUUUAUUAGAAAAGGAAUCUGAAGAAUCAGAGAAAAUGGAUGAGGACUUUAAGAUCAUUGAAGAACUUCGUGAGAAUAAUGAAUAUCAAAAGGCUCAAAUAUUACAUUUGGAGAAAGCUCUGAAGCAGGCAAUUGCCAAGCAGGAAGAAGUUGGGAUGAUUAACAACAAUGAAAUCCAAAAGUCCAAGGAAGUGAUUGAAGAUUUGAACAAGAAACUUUCAAACUGUAUAAGCACAAUUGAUUCACAAAAUGUUGAGCUUCUAAAUCUUCAAACUGCUCUUGGGCAAUACUUUGCUGAAAUUGAAGCUAAGGAACAUUUGGAGCGAAAUUUGGCUUUGGCAAGAGAAGAAACAGCUAAAUUUUCUGAGCUUUUGAAAGAUGCUGAACAAGGAACAGAAGCAUUAAAGAGAGAGAAAGAAGAAAUUUUGGCCAAGCUUUCCCAUACUGAAAGGACGCUUGCAGAAACAAAAAGCAGAGUAACCAAGCUUGAAGAAGACAGUGGAAAACUACGUCGUGCUCUUGAGCAGAGCAUGACCAGGCUUAAUAGAAUGUCCAUGGAUUCUGAUUACCUUGUUGACAGGCGCAUUGUGAUCAAAUUAUUAGUGACCUAUUUCCAGAGGAACCACAGCAAAGAGGUUUUGGAUCUCAUGGUUCGAAUGCUGGGAUUCUCUGAUGAAGAUAAGCAGCGAAUAGGUGUUGCUCAACAAGGUGGCAGAGGUGUUGUUCGGGGAGUUUUGGGACUACCUGGCCGCCUAGUUGGUGGAAUCUUGGGAGGAAGUUCAGCUGAUGCACGUGCUAAUGCAGCAUCUGAAAACCAGUCUUUUGCAGAUUCGUGGGUUGAUUUUCUUCUCAAGGAAAGUGAAGACAGGGAGAAGAGGGAAUCUGCUGAGGAUACAUCUAGACCUAACGAAGAUUCACAAGGAGUCAGUCCUAUGCCAGGAGUUGAUUUACCACCACCAACAGCAGCUACUGUAUCUGGUGUCUCGAGACCCAAAUUUUCUCCGCACCAGAACUAUAGUCCUCGCCCAAUUCAAGGAAAUUUACGGGCAUUUGAACCUUCUGAUUCUGAGUUCUCAACAGUUCCUUUAACAUCCUCAGAUAGCACUUCUCGGAUUUCAAGAUUACUGAAACAAUGAGAAUAUGUUAAACCAUGUAAUUAGUUGAAGUAUAAGAUUUAUUCCUUGAUGUUGUAGUUUGCAGCCUUGUUCGUUCAAUUCUUUCACAUUAAAAUUAAGAGAUUGUCCCAUAGUUGCUAUUGCAUAUAUAUUAAUGGAUCAAAUUCAUAUACUGAUAAGGCAUGAAAAUCCUAGGGACAUUUGGCAUAGAUUUCUUGUAAAACCUGUCUCAUCAAUGAUUUCAUGUUAAAUGUGAGCACCUUUUAUUCUCGUA